AUGGAAAAUAAUCAAUCGAUUUAUGUGGGUGCUAAGAGGGCAGAACAUACCAUGAUCAUACCAAUGAGGGCGGCGAUCUCGAACUCGGUCGCGGUCAGGGACCCCAUCCGACGAUUUGAGUACAGACGGGGAUUGGAUAGAACGGCGGACAUCAGGCAGGAGGUGAGCUCGAGGCUGGCGAGGGUCAGGUCGCUCCACUACGAGAGUUAUUGUGAUGUGUACAACUCUUAUGCGGCCAGACAAUCCUGGAGUUCAUUACAUCGUGAAGCCAACAAAGUAGAAGUCAAUGGUGUUCCAAUAGUAAGUAUAGUCCUUGCUAUGGACUAUGAGCAUGUCACGGCUGCUUCAGAACCUAUCAAGCAAAUCCAGGCCAAUAUGGACAUUCAAGAAACACCAGCCACUCAGAAAAGAAAAAGAUGGACUAGAAAAACACAAGGGGUUGCUGGAGGGAAAAACACCGGAAAUCUUACAAGCAUCCCUGAAAAAACAGAAACUCAAACUCGAAGGAGGAAGCGAAAUCAGUUAAAAGGAAUAUAUUCCAUACCUAUUGCCUUUGAUUUUUUUUCCAAGAACAUGAUGGCUUCGAGGGACAAGCUUAAGGGCGUUGUUUCCCAAGAGAAAGUGUUCUACACCAAGGACUGGACGAAAGAGGUUGAUCGCAUGCUUCGUAAGCUACGUAAGCAUUAUCAAGUUUUCAAAUGGAUCAACACCUUAAGUGGCGUGGUGUACAAUGCCAAUGGCCAUACGGUUGACACUUCAGCACAAACUUGGGACUAUAUUGUUCGUGAAGAAAAGCUCGAAAUGGCUUACAUGAAAGAAGGUGAACUCCUUUUUUUCGAGCUUCAGGCCCUGUUCGAAGAAGCUCCAGAAGACCUGGGUGAAAUGAUGGCCCUGAAAUUAUUGAGAUUGAAUCAGAUACUGACAGCGGAGAGAAUGACGAUGGCGGUGACCCUUACUUGCCUCUUGAAAAUGAGUCAGGCAAUACCAAUAAUUCGUUUUGGAACGAAUUGGCUUGGUACAACUCCGAAUCCGCGAGUGCAUCCUCUGUGCAAGACUACGAUCACCCUCCAAGCAAACUGUCAAGCACUGAAGAGGUUUUACGAAAAUGUAACCAUCAUUGGGCUGGUCACUAGUGGAAUACCAAAGGCCAUGAUGGAGAUGACGUUCUGA